AGGUGCAUCUUGGCAUUCACGUGAUGAAUUUUCCACCGAUUUGUAUUUAUCCUCCAUUAGUGGCGAAUUGCAUGAGCUUUGCGUGAACUUUAGCGAUUUUUGUAACUCUUUUUUUUAGCGUUAGGUCUAUUCUUAAAGCUACUUCGUGGUCCCAGCGACCUAAACCCGUAGCUAAGGUGGCUCUUCAUCGUCCUCGAAAUUUUCAGACAUUCGAACCAAUAAGAAAUAUUUAAAAAGUCUCGAUUAAAUGUAGAUUGAAAGACUGUAAUCUCUGUUUCGCUAGCAUUCUGGCAACCUAGCUAGCUGCGUGUGUUUGAGAGAGGAUAGUGAUGGGGAACCAAAAGCAGAAGUGGACGUCGGAGGAAGAGAAAGCCCUAAAAGCCGGAGUGGCCAAGCACGGCACCGGAAAGUGGAAGAACAUCCUCAGAGAUCCUGAAUUCGGUCCCUCCCUCACUUCUCGCUCUAACAUCGACCUCAAGGACAAAUGGCGAAAUUUGAAUGGUAAUGUUGCGGCACAGGGCAGUGGAGAAAAAUCUAGGGCUAGUCGUGGUAGAGCAACUACUACUGGUGCUGAGAAUGAUGCCAUUUGUGAUCCAUGUAAAAGCUCACAGGAGAACAGAAAUGUCCCACGGUACAGUGAGAUGAUUUUUGAAGCACUUUCAUCCAUCAAAGAUCCAAAUGGAUCUGAUAUUGGUGCCAUUGCGGGAUUCAUUGAGCAAAGGUAUGAAGUGCCACCCAAUUUUAGAAGGUUAUUGAGUUCAAAGAUGAGAAGACUUGUAUUGCAAGGGAAAGUUGAAAAGGUCCAGAAAUGCAACUAUAUGAUUAAAGAUGUUCCUGUGGGAACAAGGACACCAUCACCAAAGAAAAAAGAAGUCCGACCUCGGCCAACCCAGAGUCUUACAUUAAACAUGUAUAGUAAAAGAUUGCUAGAUGCUGCAAUGUAUGCUGCAUAUAGGAUGUCUGAGGCAGAAAACAAGUCCUUUCUUGCAGCUGAAGCAGUUAAAGAGGCAGAAAGGGUGUCAAAGUUGUCUGAAGUUGCAGAGUCAAUGCUACAGUUUGUGACCGAGAUCUAUGACCAAUGUAUGGAGGGUGAAGUUGUUCUAUUGGCUUAACUACUUUCGUUCGAGGAGGACGUAAACAGUUUGUUUGUUGAUAAUGUGCAUAAAAUUAAUUGACGCAUGGAGGCACUAUUUGAGUCUCCAGUUCCCUGGUUGUAGAUGAACCUCUGCUUGUAACAUGUAUCGUCUAGGACACCAACUAAUUUCCCCUGUACAAAUUGACUACUCUGUAAUUGAAAAUCCAAACUGUUAUGAUUGUUCUUGUUUUCAUAUUCUAUCCUAAAAAUAUUUCUAAUCUCCUCU